AUGGUGUCUUUGGAGUGGACUUUUGCUGACGAAUGUCCACAGAUAAUCUAUACCGCACUCCUCGUCUUAAUCCAAAUUUCAGCUCGCUAUGCAACCAAUCUUAUGGAUCCUAAAGACUACAGCGCUGUUCUGGCGGACCCGAAGCAGGUUAGCGACCGAAUCUUUGGAAGCAAGAUCGUGAUCGGAUUAGAGCAAUGCAUGCUUUUUUCGACAUGGGGCGUCAAGACAUGCAUGUUGAUAUUCUACUGGAGGCUAACCCAGAGUCUACGGUCCAACCUCUAUAUCAAGAUCCUGACCGGAUACGUGGUUCUCGGAUUCGUAGUCAUCAUGGUCACCUACUAUGCCGUCUACUGCCGCCCGUUCUCUCAAUACUGGGCUAUGCCCGUCGAAAACAUGCAAUGCGCAACUUACCAGCACUACUCGAUAACCCAGGCUGUGUUCAACAUCUCGUCCGACGCAAUCAUGUUCGCCAUCCCGAUUCCUCUGUUAAUCCGCGCCCAACUCAAGAAACACCGGAAGAUUCUGCUCCUGUGCGUGAUGAGCCUCGGGCUAUUCACCAUCAUUGCCGCCAUCCUGAACAAAUUCUUCAACUUUGCGUCCCCGUUGACGACAACGUACCAGAUAUGGUAUAUUCGCGAAGCGAGCACAGCCAUAUACGUUGCAAACCUCAUGUGCUGGUGGCCGCUCCUCCGCAAACUCUUCGGCUUCAAGGCAUUUUCCUACAAUAGCAAUCGGCGGCGCGAGGGACUGAAUAACGGGAACAAAUUCAGCAACAGCUCCGCGGCCAACUCGCAGUCCCGCCCCUCUUUUUCCUUGCCCAGGGCGCUGCAAUUCAUUCGGCCGGGCGUGAAUAAGGCGGGGAAGCACACGCCAGGAGAGCAGCAGACUGCGAUCCAUCGAUCAAGCGAAGAACCCAUCACACAUGCUUCGCGUGAUGGGGAUACCGUUGAAGCCUACCAGCUGGAUUAUUGGAGUUCCCCUGAAGCACACGGGGCGAACAUGGAACACUUGAGAGCGAUGAGCCUGGAUACUCUUUCUGCGUAUGAGAGUGCGCAUUCGAAACGAUCCGAGGGGGGGUAUGGUCAUAAAGGGAUGGGCUGUUAG